AUGGUGAUGGAGAUUGUCAUUUCUUUGAUAAUCUUAUUUGUUGGAAUUGCUAUUUUGGUGUCUAUCCAUUUCUGCAUAGUUGGAAGGGCUUUUAGAAGUGAUAAUAAUAGUGGAGACAUUAUUCAAGACCAAAGUGGUACUAGAAGAACAUCAACAAAAGGAACGUUUGGGGACAAUAUUGGUGACUUGAACAACCUUCCAUGUUUUGAUUAUGUGGAACCAGAGAAAGGAGGCAACCUUGUGGAUUGUGCUGUUUGUUUGGAGAGCUUUAAGGUUGGUGAUGCUUGUCGGUUGUUGUCUAAUUGCAGACACAGUUUUCAUGUUCAGUGCAUAGAUUUGUGGAUUCUCAAGACACCCUUUUGUCCAAUUUGUAGAACAUGGGUUCAUUCACGAGUAACUGUGAGGGAAGAAAGUGCUGUUUCUGAUUCUGAUAUUGUAGAAAUUGAAAUGCCAUGA